AUGUGCACAAGUAUCAAGACCACAAUGGCUUGCGGCCACACGUUCACAAACUAUGCCACAACAUGUGGCAUGGCCACAAACUCUCGUCCAUGCACUCCCAAUGCCAAAAUUCAACAUCUCAACGACACGUGCGCAGCGUGCGAUCCGGCAGCCCGGAGGCGCCGUGUCCGUCAGGACUACGAGAGCCGGCACGCCGAGCUCAUGGCCGAGUACAUGGCGGCCAAACAGACAGGAGAUGGAGCAGCCAUGGCGCGUGUGGAGCUUCUGGUCAUGGAAAAUUCCAUGACCACAAUGGAGCGGAAUUUCGAGAUCGGCAUGCACUGUCAGGAAGAGGAUGUCAUGUGGUGGGAGAUGAAUUGA